CCAGAUCCAAGAUGGUGGCCAGCGGGAGGCUGAUGAGAGAGCUUGAAGAAAUCCACAAAUGUGGGAUGAAAAAAUUCCGUAACAUCCAGGUUGAUGAAGCUAAUUUAUUGACUUGGCAAGGGCUUACUGUUCCUGACAACCCUCCAUAUGACAAGGGGGCCUUCAGAAUCGAAAUCAACUUUCCAGCAGAGCACCCAUUCAAACCACCGAAGAUCACAUUUAAAACAAAGAUCUACCACCCAAAUAUCGAUGAAAAGGGGCAAGUAUGUCUGCCAGUAAUUAGGGUUGAAAACAGGAAGCCAGCCACCAAAACCGACCAAGUAAUCCAGUCCCUCAUUGCACUGGUGAACAACCCCCAGCUUCGGGCUGACCUAGCCAAAGAAUACUCCAAGGACCGUAAAAAAUUCUGUAAGAACGCUGAAGAGUUUACAAAGAAAUAA